AUGGCUCAAGCAUUCGUGAACAGCAACAUCCAGUCUGGGAAGGUGGUUGUGUUCAUCAAGCCCACCUGCCCCUACGGCAGAAGGAUUCAGGAUUCAGGAUUCCUCAGCCAACUGCCCUUCAAACAAGGGCGUUUGGAAUUUGUCAACAUCACAGCCAACGGCGACACCAAUGAGAUUCAAGAUUACUUGCAACAGCUCACAGGAGCCAGAACGGUACCUCGGGUCUUCAUCGGUAAAGAGUGCAUAGGUGGAUGCACUGAUCUAGUAAAUAUGCAUGAGAGAGGGGAACUGUUGACACGGCUAAAGCAAAUUGGAGCUCUGCAAUAAUUACAGAGCAGAUCCAGGCUGAUGUCCCCCUUGAAGACUGGGUGGCACUGCCGAUAAUGCCGACAGUUCCUGGAGGAUGGACCUGGGGAAACUACCCAGUUACAGCAACUGUUUACUUAAAAUUCUGAAAUAUGUUAAUAUCAGUAAAAAGGGACGGG